UUUAGAAACACACACAAAAAAGUUUGGCAACUACAUUUAAUCACAAAACUUCCUACUGAAGCUCAAAUUGUUGUCCUUUAUUGAAUUACCAGUACAAAUUCACAACUAUAAAUUUGACUGUAUUUCUGUUUAAUCAAUAAUUAAAUAAAUACAUGAAUGACUUGCAGAAGAGCAAUUCUUACCUAGCUAAUAUAAAAUAUGCGAUUAUUUGAUUUUGCAAGACAUCAUUUGUAACAGUGAUUCUAUUUUUUUUUUUCAUUUCAGAUAAGCGCCACAGACAAGAUCACAGUUGUCUGCACAGAAUGUAUUACCAAAGUUAUUGGUUUUUACGUUUACAAGGAACAAUGUACACAAAACCAAAUCAAACUACAAGAAAGGAUGGACAGUUAUCAAACUGUACAUAUGAAUGGAAUUGGAGAUAUAAAUCUUCAAAUAAAAGAAGAACCCUCAGAAGAACCUAUGGGCGAUACAGAUGAAACCAUGGAAGACGGUACUGUUCCACAUGAAACACCUGAAACAAUGCGUAUUGAAAUGAUCCAGGUCAAAAAUGAGCCAUUGGAUCAAAUUGAAGAAUCCAUGGAAGAAGAAUACAAUGAGUUACCUCCAGCACUUUCUCCCCAUCUCCUUGAUACGGAUCAACAGAAUGGUGUGGCUGCCGUCGACGUCAAUAAACUGUGUAGCGUGUGUAACAAACCAUUCAGUAGUGUAGGCAAUAGAAAAAAACACGAAAAGAAGAUGCAUGGCCUAUAUCAAUCCGAAGUACUAGGUGCUCCUACAGAACAAGUGAAUGGAUUUGCAGGCGAGGAUGGUGUCGACCCUUCAAUCAUGGAGUCACCAACAGCUGAUGAAUCUGAGCUACAGAAGACACAGUUUGCAGCCGGCUUAAAAUUACUGCGAAAGAAUGCAACUCCGAUUUCUUGCGAAACCCUGUCUAAAAUAGAAUUGAGUUAUAUAGAAAAAUGUAAAGCCAUGGUUAAUAUGUAUCAAACUCUGAUCUGUGCCUGUCAUAAUGUACCACAUCAGAAUCUCAAAGGUCUCUUAUCUCAUCUGAGAGCACUGAGAAUAUGGUUCCCAGUAUUCACUUGCUAUAAUUGUAUGAUAACAUUCACCGAUCGUUCUACAUUCACCAGACACAUGGUGAGAUGCCCUUCUCAGCAAUUUGAUACUAUAACAAAAUUGAGUAACUUGCGUAAACGAAGCGAUGUUAAAACCAGGCUUUACCAAAAUUUCAAGUGUACCAUUUGCAAGUUCAUGUUUAGUUUCCAUGAGGACUUUUGCAGGCACGUUGAUGAGGAUCAUUCCGCUUUAUCAUUUCCGUUCAAAUGCAAGUGUCAGAGGGUAUUGGAUAACCUUGAAAACUAUAAAGAUCAUGUGUAUGUGAGCUGCAUGGUAGAUUAUUAUUGUGACAUAUGCUUCGUAACCACAAAAACCUUGGACGAUUUUCAGAAACACGCAUGUAAUGUUCAUGAUAAUUCAGAGGGAUUCAUCUUGCUCCAAGAUGAUAACUACAAAAUGCGAAAACCUCUCAUGCAUGUAUCUCCUAAAGAAGAGGCUGCAGAUGGAGUUAUUCUCAGUGGAAAAAGAGAGAGAAGAGCUUCUGUUAGAGCACCCAUAAUUGAAACUGAUGGAAGUUCUUCUGCAGUCAAAGUUAUAAAUCCUGUUUUAUUGACUUCUAAAGCUAACAACAAGAAAUGUCCCAUAUGUGGCAAAGAAUAUUCCUCUUAUAAAAAUAUGAUGCGCCAUUACAAAGUACACUCAACUGAACAAGGAGAAGCAUCACAAGACGAAGAGGAAGAAUCAUUUUACACCUGUCCCGAUUGCGGAGGCAUGUACAACAGUACUGAAUGGCAGAGUCAUCUGUUAGAAAAACAUGAAUCCAAAGUUUGUAAUGAAUGUGGCAAAUCUUUCCAGUUCCAGACAGAAUUAGAACAACAUAGAACUAUCCAUUUGAAUUUGAAAGUUUAUAGAGAUUCCAAAACUCAGUCAUAUAGAAGCGCUGUUAUGAGUCCAGGGUCAGACGAGGAACAUUCUCUAACUUGUGAAAUAUGUGAUGUAAUAGUCUCCACCAAGGAAGAAUUAGAAGAUCAUCGCCUGACACAUGAUAACGCAUCUGAAGCUUCAGCUGAAUCUUCCACAUGUAACGAUAAAAAGACAAGAAAAUGUGACCUCUGUGACAAAGAAUUCUCUACUUAUUCAGGCUUAUGGGACCAUAACAAACGAAUUCACCCCGAAAGGAAAACACCCUCGUCCAAUGCUUUUCCAAAACAGUGUGAGUAUUGCGAUAAAGUAUGUACAACUGGUGCAGCAAUGUACAGACAUAAACUCAUUCACGAAAAGAUUGAGGUUAAUGUCAGCAAAGCUGUAAAGAAGAAUGACUCCUCUGCUGAGGAGGAAUCGUAUCAUACAUGCAAAAGGUGUUUCAAGGUAUUUUCUUCCAAGUAUAACUUGAAAAACCACAUGAAGUGUCAUGGAAUAAAUACCAGUCCAUCUGGUAAAAAGAUUAUACGCAAACCAAACUGUAACAUCUGUCAGCAAGUGUUUAAUACCAUAGAAGAAGUUGACAAACAUAAAGAGGAAUGUCAUAGCGAAGGUGAAGCUCUAUUGAACGAAAAUGGGGAAGCUGCCCCUUUUGUCUUUACAUGUGACGUUUGUGUGAUGACUUUCCCGUCAAAAGUGGCUUUGAAAAAACAUAAAGAGAAGCAUAUUCAAGAAACCAGACCCUCUAAUCAAAAACAAGCUCAUCUUUUCUGCAAAUAUUGUAAAAUUUCAUUUGAUUCACUAGUUUCGUUAACAAAACACAUGCAACAGGAACAUGACGAGGGUGCCAAACCCAAAAUUGGAAAAAUCAAAAUGAGAGAACAAUUUUCCUGUAACAUCUGUGGCAAGAGUUUCCAAACAGCUUCAGCUUUGACAACACACAUUGGCUGGCAUAAACGUGGUCAAAAUGAUUCAAACACAAAAUUGAUGAAACAAAAUAAAGUCAUUGACAAGUUGGCUCAGAGCAUAAAAAUAAAGCAAGAACCUUCAGAUGAAUCACCAAAGUUCCAAUGCGUCACUUGUCUAGCCGAAUUGCCAAAUGAUACGGCUUUGCAAGUUCACAUUCUGGAAAAACACAGAAGUGUCAGCGCCAUCAUGCUCAUUCCUCGUUGCAAUACUUGCAAUAAAGAUUUCAAUACUCAAGACGAGUACGAAACCCAUAAGCGGUUGCACGAUUUUCUUGAAAGGCAGAAGCAGCAUGAACAAAGUAUGUUGAGGCAGCAGGAUCAGGGUCAAAUGACGUCACAAAAACUGAAUCAAUCCCAACAGAGACUGAACGUUUCAGGAAGUCCACCAAAGUUCGGCAAAAACUUCCCUUGCAAAUAUUGCACCGCAGGAUUCAGUAGGUCAGAUACCUUGGGAGCACAUAUUCGUCAGUAUCACAAGGAGUAUGUUCAGACUGAAUUCAGAUGUACUCAGUGUGACAGAGUGUUUGAUAAACAAAACUCUCUAACUAUUCAUCUGAAAGUACAUGAGAAACAACGAAUUGUACCUACCCCAUCAACCAAGUCAGCUUUGUUUUCAUGCUCCAUAUGUAGCAUGGGCUUUGAUUUACCAAAAGAUCUUAGAGCACACACUAUUAGUGCUCAUCCCUUCUGAUGGAAGAGAUUGUAAUUUCUUUUCAUUGAAACAAUUUUUAAUUUAGGAUUUCUUGAGCAAUUGAUACUUUAUAAUUUUUAUACCAUUAUAUUGUUUUGUGCCUAUGAUGAAAUAUAUCAUCAAAUACCUUGGUAUUUUUUAAGAACAUUAAUAAUAAAAUUGAAAUUGUAUAUAUGAUGUUUUUCCUAUAUUCAUAGGAAUGUGAAUUUUUUAGUUUUUUCAAAAAAGAUAUUUGAAAAACAGAAAAUGUUUAUUCAAAUUACCAUUUAUUUGUUUUUCACACUGCGCAAUAUUCUCCAGUAAUAGUUUUUAUCAUCUGUGAAACAACUCAAUUAUGUAAAUAAUAAAAUAAAGUUUAAGAAACAAA